AUGGCGAGCCGAGACGAACUGGACUUCCUUUCCGAGUCUUUCAAUCCCGAAAAAGUACUCUCCUCCACAGAAACUGAAGUCCCAGUUCCCGAGGCUGAGGAAUACGAGGACUUAAACGCCCUUAGGAAUGUGGUUCACAGUCAGACGUUUAAUGUUGUUCGAGAAUUGCCCGGUGUGUACGGGCAUGGAGGCAUUCCAAAGGCAGCCGUGAACACUGGUCCAGUUGAGAGGAAAUUUACAGAAGAUCAAGGGCUGCUGCAGAGUCGCGGUCCCCGUCGGCGGCGCAAUGUGAUCAGUCGCAUGCAGGAGAUGAAGGGUCCCCUGGCCGUCCUCCGCCGGUGCAAGGAGGAGAACAUCCGGGUCAAGGUGUACACGAGGAACCAGAGCGAGGUGCGCGGCGUGCUCACGGGGUUCGUGGUGGCCUUCGACAAGCACUGGAACCUGGCGCUGCGGGACGUGGACGAGGUUUUCCAGAAGAAGAUCCGCUGCAAGAAGCACGCCCUUGGCGACGUGUCACGGUACCUCAACGUGGGCGACCUGAGCAUCCAAGACGACCUCGAAAGCGUGGGCAGCGUGAGCGGGCUCAGCGGCAGCGAGGAGGAGGCGAAGAACCCGAGGAAGGUGAAGGACCCAACCCCUGCGUGGGUGGCAGCCGCGACGUGGGACCGACACACCUCUUUAGAAAACACUCGAAGUGGAUCAAGGAGGACCACCUCCGCCGCCGAAGCCAAGCCAGGACGUGAUCCACGCGGAGUGAGGCCGCUUGGGGUCGGAGGAGGACCCUGCCUGGACGCGGUGGAGCGGCGCGCCCUCGACUCGCAGAGGGUCUCAAGAUGCCACCCGCACACCAGCGAGGCCCGCGACGCCCUCAGACUUCAGCUCGGACACGGGGAACGCCAGGAAGAGGAGGAAGAAGAAGGGGAAACGAAGAAGAAGCGAAGAAGGAGGAAGAAAAGGGAAAUCAGAAAACGCCAUGUGAAUCAGUUGCUUGUGCGUGGAGAGAACGUUGUGUUGAUAUCUGUAAUGGAGCCUUGACGGCUGGGACGCCUUCAAGGAUCGGGGUGAAGGAAAAGCAUAAUGCUUUUUUCAGCAUAUGAGUAAAGGACUUAAGAAUAAAAGUGAUAACAUUAGUUUUACAUGCAUAUCCAUGUCUCCGGCUGCUGACUUACCUUAAACGAUUGUAGGUGUCAGUUCCUGAAAAUAAAAAAAGGCCUUUAUAUUUUUUUGGAAUAAAA